AUGUACUAUGGCAAGGAUAGCACUGGCGGUGGUCUCUCGGAGCUGGACACGAUAGCGAACGUGAUCGGGCUGAAGGGCGUGGGUACGUCCUCCCUGCGCACCUUCGUCGAGAUGUGGUAUCACAUAUUCCUAUGGGCGCUUUUUUCAUCCAUCUUCGUGCACACGUGCGCCGCUGUUAUCGCAUUCGUGACGCUGCGAAAGCACAAAUUUGGCCGAUUCUUUUCGAUCUUCAUCAUCGUAAUGGGCGUCCUGUCACCGGUGACGGGAGGCAUCGUCAGCAGCACCGUCAUUGCCUUUGUACACAGAGCCUCCAAUUUUCAGAUGUCCCCGAUCGUUGCCAUGAUCUGGGGCGUCGGUCAGACGAUCGUGUCCGCCUGUUUCGGGUUUACGCGCAUUCUGGCCACCCUGUAAGGAGACGCCUGCCAACC